ACUAAGUUCUCCACCUCCAGCAACACCCAGCGACGCUAUCGAGCGUCGUGAUUUGCGUGCAGCUAUGACCUCUCCCGUUGGUGACUUUGAACCAUUCGAAAAUGAAGACGAAAUCCUCGGCGAUCAUACAAUUCGCGAUGAAGAAGAGGAAGAUGGCGAAGAACUCUUCGGCGACAACAUGGAAAAUGAUUAUCGACCAAUGCCCGAAUUAGAUCGCUACGAUCCAAAUCUCCUCGACGACGAAGAGGAUUACGAUGAUUUGUCUCAAGGAGAACGUCGCGAAGCCGAGGCGGAAAUGCGUCGUCGUGAUCGUGCACAAGGAAUUCAUCGUGAUGAUCGUGAUUUAGUCUUCGAUGACGACGAAGACGAUGAUGCCGGCCCUCGAGCUAAACGUCGUGCUGGCGAAAAAGCUGCAAUCGGUGAGGUUGAAGAAGAUGUCGAAAUGGUAGAAUCGAUUGAAAAUCUCGAAGAUACCAAAGGACACUCAACUAAAGAGUGGGUUUCAAUGUUGGGUCCAAGAACAGAAAUUGCCAAUCGUUUCCAAAGUUUCUUACGUACAUUUGUUGAUGAACGAGGUGCUUACACAUAUCGUGAUCGCAUUCGACGAAUGUGCGAACAAAAUAAGUCUUCUUUUGUAGUGUCUUACACUGAUUUGGCUAACAAAGAACAUGUUUUGGCUUAUUUUCUACCCGAAGCACCUUUUCAAAUGUUGGAGAUAUUUGACAAAGUUGCCAAAGAAAUGGUAUUGAGUAUAUUUCCAACUUAUGAGCGUGUUACCACAGAAAUUCAUGUUCGUAUCUCAGAGUUGCCACUGAUUGAAGAACUUCGUACUUUUAGAAAACUUCAUUUGAAUCAAUUGGUUCGAACUCUGGGUGUUGUUACAUCAACAACUGGAGUAAUGCCACAAUUGUCAGUCAUCAAAUAUGAUUGUGUCAAGUGUGGUUAUGUUCUUGGUCCAUUUGUUCAGUCUCAAAAUUCAGAGGUUAAGCCUGGUUCAUGUCCAGAAUGUCAAAGUAUGGGUCCGUUCUCUAUUAACAUGGAACAGACACUCUAUCGAAACUAUCAAAAGAUCACUUUGCAAGAAUCACCUGGUCGAAUUCCAGCUGGUCGUAUUCCCAGAAGCAAAGAUGUUAUUCUCUUGGCUGAUCUGUGUGAUCUAUGCAAGCCUGGAGAUGAAUUAGAAGUAACUGGUAUAUAUACCAAUAAUUAUGAUGGUUCACUUAAUACCGAUCAAGGAUUUCCAGUGUUUGCCACUGUGAUUAUUGCCAAUCAUGUUGUGGUGAAGGAUAGUAAGCAAGUUGUACAGUCGUUGACAGACGAAGAUAUUGUCACUAUCCAAAAGUUAAGUAAGGAUCCGAAAAUUGCCGAACGCAUUAUUACCAGCAUAGCUCCAUCUAUCUAUGGACAUGAUUAUAUCAAGCGAGCUUUGGCAUUGGCUUUGUUUGGAGGAGAAUCUAAGAAUCCUGGAGAUAAGCACAAGGUUCGUGGGGAUAUUAAUUUGCUUAUAUGUGGAGAUCCUGGAACAGCAAAGUCGCAGUUUCUUAAAUAUGUAGAGAAAAUUGCUCCCAGAGCGGUUUUCACAACUGGUCAGGGUGCCAGUGCUGUCGGUUUGACAGCUUACGUACGAAGGAAUCCAGUAUCUAAGGAAUGGACACUGGAAGCGGGAGCAUUAGUCUUAGCUGAUCAAGGUGUUUGUUUGAUUGAUGAAUUCGACAAAAUGAACGAUCAAGAUCGGACAUCAAUUCACGAAGCUAUGGAACAGCAAUCGAUUUCGAUAUCGAAAGCUGGCAUAGUAACUUCUCUACAAGCUCGUUGUACAGUAAUUGCUGCUGCCAAUCCAAUUGGUGGGCGUUAUGAUCCCAGUUUAACAUUCUCUGAGAAUGUAAAUCUAUCGGAACCGAUUCUAUCACGUUUUGAUGUUCUUUGUGUUGUUAAAGAUGAAUUUGAUCCAAUGAAGGACGAGCAUUUGGCAAAGUUUGUUGUUAGUUCGCAUAUAAGGCAUCAUCCGUCGAGUGAGGAAGUUCACGAUGAGACACGGGCCAGUGGUAUUGAUGAGAUUCCACAAGAAGUUCUUCGUCAGUAUAUUGUCUAUUCUAAGGAGAAUGUGCGUCCUAAACUAACUAAUAUCGAUGAAGAUAAAAUUGCAAAAAUGUACUCGCAACUGCGACAAGAAUCUUUUGCUACUGGCUCUUUACCAAUCACAGUACGUCACAUUGAAAGUGUCAUUCGAAUGUCUGAGGCUCAUGCACGAAUGCAUUUGCGUGAGAAUGUUCAAGAAUCCGAUGUUAACAUGGCCAUACGUAUGAUGUUGGAGAGCUUCAUUGAAGCACAAAAAUUCAGUGUUAUGAAAAAGAUGCAGAAUACAUUCCAGAGAUUCUUGUCAUUCCAGAAAGACUAUUCGGAGUUACUGUUCUUUGUACUGCGUCAAUUGACUUUGGAUCAAUUGGCCUAUAUUCGAUGUAAGGAAGGACCCAAUGCAACUCAUGUUGAGAUCAUGGAACGUGAUUUUCUUGAUCGUGCUAAGCAAUUGAAUAUUGAAAAUAUUAAGGAAUUCUAUCAAUCGGAUGUUUUCAAAAAUAAUGGGUUCUCAUAUGAUCCAAAGAGGAGGAUAAUUUUACAAAUCGUUCAAGGAGGUGUUACAGAUUGAAAACAUAAACUAUUUUUGGUGGAUUUAAAACGCAUACAACGACUGUGGAAGUACAAAAUUUGCAAGAUUAACAACAUCAUUGUAUCAUCGUAUUUGUUAAGUUUUUUUUAUUUUUAAAUAAUUAGUUGUGUCGUUUUCGAGUUAUAUAGUUUUGUCUUUUCUUGUUUGAUUUGAUUACAAAAAUAAAGUUUUACUUGGAAAUAGA